CCCCUAUUCUCCCUUAUAAAGGGAAAUUCCAGAGACAUGUUGUGGGCAUUGACAUCUACCACAUAUACCUGCAGACACACAGUAGAAAAUAAAGACAAAGAAAAUGGCUCCCGAGGUCGUGAAUCAGUAUAUCGUGCACACAGGUUCGGGCACUGUGGGCACAACUUUGACACCUGAAUAUCAGACAGAGAACACAACACCCAACAACACAGUGGCAGACCAAAUCUUAUCAAGAACCGAUAUUUUAAAGAUAUGCAUAUAUCUUGUCAUCUUGAUCAUGGGUGUCAUUGGAAAUGGACUUGUCAUCUUUGUGACCGGCUACAAAAUGAAGACGACAGUCAACUCUGUUUGGUUUCUGAAUUUGGCAAUUGCAGACUUCAUUUUCGUUUUCUGUUUGAUUAUCAACAUAAUUGUUACCUUCAACAAGUUUGUUUGGCCCUUCAGCGACUUAAUGUGUAAAUUCACCUCCUUGGUCGCAGUACUAAAUAUGUUUGCAAGCAUUUUUUUGCUGACAGCCAUCAGUCUGGAUCGAUGUCUGUGCACAUGGAUAAUUGUGUGGGUUCAGAAUAAACGAACUCUAAACAAAGCCAGAAUCAUCUGUAUAUCUGUGUGGAUUUUAUCCAUCUGCUGCAGCAUCCCUUUUGCCAUCAAUGGCUCGGUACAGGAACUAAAUGGAUUGAAAUACUGUGUCUACAACUCGACAAAUCUUGAUGUAUUACUGUCUCUGUUCACAUACAGGUUUCUGGUUGGCUUUCUAAUUCCCUUCUUGAUCAUUGCAUCUUCAUACAUAGCUAUUGGUGUGCGUGUGAAACGCCUUAAAAGAGGAAAGCAGCUUCGGCCUUUGCGAGUAAUUUUGUCUGUGAUUCUGGGUUUCUUCAUAUGCUGGUUUCCUCUCCAUGUUCAACAUCUGUGUCACGUAAGUGCAGUGAAGUAUAACUGGAGUGACAGUGUUCAGAAAGUAAUUUAUUCUGCAGGACCUUUUAUUCAGUGCCUGGUUUUUCUAAACAGUUGUCUGAACCCCAUUCUCUAUGUGUUCAUGUGUGAUGAGUAUAAGACAAAACUUAAAAAGUCUCUCCUGCUGGUGUUUGAGGCGGCUUUUUCGGAGGAGCAUCUGCGUUACUUGACAUCACGUCGUUCUACUUCAUGCUAUUCAGUGUCACUGCAAGGUGAAUUUGGCAAGCAGACAAAUGACACAACCAUCUCCUCGUCUGGAAGUGGUCAGGGCAGAACAAGCUUUUAAAUUCAGUCUGGUGAUGACUGAAGAUAUAAACUUGUAAACAGGAGAUGAAGGUUUCUCAUUCCUCCAUUCGAUCCCACCCCAAACUGUUGCCACUGGCUGAGUCAAAGUCGGUCGGUUCGAGGAAUCUAAACAAACAGCAAUGUAUAGAUGAGGAAAUGACUUAUUUUUUUAUGUUUUCUAAUUGCCUUGUUACACAAAACUUUACAUUAUAAUGCAGUUAGUGCAGAUGCAUCUUUUGUUGUAUUAAAAAUCAUCAUAAUUGAGGAAACUGAUUAUUUUCUGUUUACAACAUUUUGUGAUUUUGUUUAAACACAAAAAGCUGUUUUAUAUUAAAUUAAAGGCGGAGUCCGUGAUGUUUGAAAGCCAAUGUUGAUAUUUGAAAUCACCUAAACAAACACGCCCCUACCCCAAUAGAAUCUGGACCUUCUGUUGAUAGACCCGCCCCACACAUACGCAACCCGGCAUUUGAUUUGAUUUGAUUGGCUAUAAGUGUGUUUUGGUAGUCGGCCCGUCUCCUUUUCCAACGCGUUUUUCAAACAUCGUGGACUCCACCUUUAAGUCUUUGCCUUAUUGUAACCUUUGCUCUCAUCACUGUAAAAAUAGAUAAUCAGAAUGUACAACAUAACCAUUACACAACAGAUAUAUUUACCUUAUGUAUAAUAUUCCAAGUUUUGAUAUUCCCAGAUAACAACCACCCAAUAUUAUCUGGGUAUUAUCCACAUCUGGUACUGUGAGUAAUCUUGACAACUGCAGUUUAAUUCUUACAAAUAAAUCUGAUAUAAAUAAGCAUAACAUCAUAUUUUAUUUACAACUGAAUAAACCAAAUGCAUGCUUGUCUUGCUUAAACUUAAACACAUUGAAUACAUUUGCUUAAAGUUGGAAAGUGUUUGUUCUCACGGAGGAUUUGCAUGUCAUACAAAUAAGUAAAUAGACAAUUUCGUGAGAUGUAAAUACCACUGGUGCUGUUUGUUAUUCUUUCUUUCUUUUUAAUUUAACAUACAGAAAAUA